AUGGACAACGAACUUUGUCUACGAACGUGUCGGCCGCCGGCAAUUUGUACUGACUACUGUGACUUGACUUUUCCCAGUGCAAGCGAAAUUGCCAUCGAAUUCUGCCUUUCCGAUCUGCAGAUCCCAUCCAUCCAGAUAAUUCCACACCUUUUUCCUACCGAUUUGAGGCUGGCCUCGAUUCAAUCGAAGAUUAGCAAGGCGCUCCAUUCUCCUCGAGCAGCAUCGAAAUCAGAUGCGGAACUUUUGAAGACUAUUCGCGAAGUAGAUGAUGCGAUUGAUGACUGGUACAAGAAUCUGGAACUAUCAUGUGAUCUCUCUGCCUUUCCAGCUCAAGGUAUCAUGACCCGGGAGGAGGCCCUCGGGUCUCAAUUUAUGUUACAUAUACAGCAUAAAUACUGCAUCGUUGCCAUCCAUCAGAUGAGUACCGGAUGCGCGGCAUGGAUUGCCGAUCCUAACAGCCAAGCGCUGGGUAUCAAAUUGAGUUUAGAGGUUGCGGCUAACGCAAGCUGUGCUCUGCUUCAACAAUUCCUCGGCGCAAAAGCCUUGUUUCAACUAGGUUCGCUAUCUUCUAUGUUCUGA